AGGAUCUUCUUCCAAAACUAUAAUUUUGGCCGCGUCUGGAUCGAUUUCCUAACGACGAUUGCCAUAAUCACGUUGUGUUCUCUUCUGAGACGCUGACACUGGCACAUGGUACAGCUUUAGUUGAAUUGGACGGGAAUGAUCGAUUUCGAAGUGUCGAACUCAACCACGUCUAUUAUACGUGGACGUUUACCAGGAGAGUCAAGCUGUGGCCCAGCUGGUAGUGUGCAUCGCCUAGGCAAUGUUCACUCUGUCGACAUAGUUAUCGAAGUCACUCUCAGAGAGGGAAGUCGACAUGGAACCACGAAAAUCAAACUGCAACAGGUACCAAAGUUCCUCGUCAACGCAUUCGAAUUCAUCAAUAGUCAUGGAAUGGAUCAGGAAGGUUUAUUUCGUCGAGAAGGCAAUGCAAGUCGCCUGAACCAGAAUAACUGGGCUGUUUACAUGGGCUCUGCUCCAAUUCCGGCUAAUUUCUCAGUUCACGACGUUUGUACCAUGGUAAAACGUUUCUUCCGAGAUCUCAAAGAACCUUUACUGUCGGGCGCCGGUUUACGCGAUAGACUCAUCGAAUUGGUCAAAAAGAAUCAAGUAGCACCUGUGACAAGGCAAGAAUUUGCCGCUGUGUUUGAACCUGAAGUGAACGCUGUUAGGAAGAAUGUACCUUUCUGCUUAUCUCGAGCACAUCUGGGAACGCUAGGAUUCCUUAUGCGGCAGCUACAUCGGAUAGCGCAUAAUUCCUGCAAGCAUCAAAUGACUUCGCUCAACCUUGCUACCGUAUUCGCACCAACGUUGUUUCGGGACGAAGUUUCAAAAGACAAGUUGAAGCGAAAAGAGCGCCGAGGAUCUCAAGACGACAUCCUUCUCAAUGUUCGUGAGGAUACGCAGUCACGAAUAGAAGCGAUACAACUACUCAUAGAACAUGCAAAUUGGAUAGGCCUUCAUCCAAAUUGCUAUCUGACAAGUGGUCAUCCACGAAGCAGCUCUGCUGCCCCAUCGCCAAGGCAACCGCCGUUUGUGAAUGUUGCAAAUUUAAAAGAACCACCUUAUGUUGAUCGGAAAUAUUCCCUCAAAGAACAUACACGGCAGAGUGCUAAGACGGCAGAACGGCGAGCUUCAUCCACAUUCCGUUUCAUCGCGGAUAAAUUUGUCCGGAAAAGGAGUCCAAGCAGGGAUCGCACAAAGCUCAACACUGGGGUUUUACGGCACUCUACUAAUCGUCGUGCCAGUUCACCAGCCAUAGUAGUCCCGAAUGAGUUGCGAGCGAAAGACGCCAAGCAUGAGCGGAAAACUUCAACACGUUAUGUCCUUGAUUUCGAUGAUCCUGCAGUAGUUGUCGCACAGCAGCCAGCUGAGAGUCACAAUACACGUUCACGAGACGCUUUGCGCUCCACAGGAGCACGUGCUUCCCGUUCUCGACAGCAUCAAUCCCAAAGCACCACAAAUGCGCAGCAAAAGACGGGUGCUCAGAAAGCUGUUCCAUCUCAAUCCACUGGUCGAGCAACCCGUUAUACUGUUGACUCUGUGACAUCCUCUGUGGUCAGACGUGAUUCCGGAAAGAAACGGCAUUUUUCACCCACGGUUCUGAAGGAUACACCUGCUUCUCUUGCGAGCCGCGAACACUUUCUCUCAUCUUAUGGAGAAGGUCGAGAAAGAUCACGUCGACGGCAUACCACACCGGUCAAAACAAAUACCGCACUCAGGCGCAAUCAGCCGAAUACGUUACAUUCUGGUUUGCAACAACCUAAACGGCGUGCUACAGUUGUCAAUGCAAGUGAACAAGAGAAAGAGAACCGCAGCCAAGAUAUUUCUGCUAGUAGUUCGUGUGAAGAUAUUGAGAGUACCCUCAAUGCUGAUGACAACAGUACAAUGCUCACGGACUCAUCUGCUGAUCUUCUUACUCAGAAAGGACAUGAGUCUCGCUUAAGACGUGUCAAACGACAGCAACGUAGAGAGUUGUCAUCUAUCCUUCAAAAGUCUCUGCUGGAUUCAAGUACUUUACAGGAAUCAUCCUUUUUCACUAAAGAUCGUGUGAAAGAGAGUCGAAAUCUGGUGUCAACCGCAUGUUCUCCUAUCAUUUUCCCUGUAUCUCCAUCCGAGAUUAAGCCUCAACGAGCCCAUGGAUCAGCAAUUGUUGGUGAGACCAUUGUAAUUUCCACUGGCCCAAUGUUGUCUCCGUCAUCCGAUGAACCAUCGAUCAAUCUACCCACGGAUCUCAACACCACUCCUGCUCCUCCCAAACCUACAACAGUUCCUCCCAUCAAGAACCACUAUCACUCAACGCUACAAACACCAUCAGGCACGGUUACGGUGGUAACGAAGCAGAUGGCACCGAAAACAAGCUUCGUGAAAUCCUAUGGCGACUCAUCAAAACCUGCACCUCGUGUGGAGGCAGAUGUAGUUUUUCGACACCCAUCUUUACCGCCACAACCAGGGCAUCGAGAAGAAGUUUGCACAAACACGUACAAGAUGAUUCACGAUCGUCAUCUGAUCAACACUAAGCAGCAGUUGUCGUCCCCAAGACUUACAAAACCAUUUGCUCUUGCUUUCCCACGAUCGACCUCUAUGACGACAUCAUUCGAUAGUGCUAUUUCGGACAACCACGCCUUCGCAAAACCCUCGAAGAUUUUAUCACCGGGACGUGUCACUCCGAAUGAUGAACCGAAAGAUGGUUUGACAAGUGACGACGAUAUGUUUGCCUGUUCCAAUCAGAUGAAAUCGGCGAUUUUGAACGCUACAUCCGAACUAGACAUUAAUGUUCACAUGGAUCGUCAGCUACGAUGUCGUCCAUCAGUGGCGCUUAUCGAGAAGCAGGGCAUAGUUCGGGAGAGAGUGAAUCAGUUCCGACGACUGGGAAAUGUCACAUCAAUGCCAUUGGAGCCGAUUAGUGGCAGGGAUUCGGUUCUAUGUUCAUCGUUUGUUGAUAAGUCCUCUAUUGGUACCGGAUCUAUGGCUGGUGAUGAAGAAUUCGUUAAACCUACGGCACCACCUGUAACUCAUUCACUUAACAUGGGCUCUCCUAAGAUUUAAGAAUAAGCCGUAUGUGUUAAUAAAUGUAAUAUUUAUCAUAGCAAUGUGUGUGUGCUGUUACUUUACUGUACAUACAUAGCUUAUCUCUAGGUAAUUAUCUCUGUUAUGUUGCACUUC